AUGAGUAACUCGCAUACUCAUUCUUCUGCAGAUUAUCAUGGCAAUCAUCCACACUCGCAACUAGUCUAUCGGCGUAGCCCUCGAAUUCCAAGGGGCCCUUAUGAUCAUUAUUUUGGAAGACGACACCACUCAUCAGUUUAUCAUCAGUUGAUCACUCGUCUACUUAAUGAUGAUGAACCAUACCUUUCAAGGGAUGAUCAAGGCACAAUUACUGAUCCACAGAAUUAUCAAUCUGUGCCGUCUCCUGGUAUACACACUGAGUAUUCAAUCGGAACUAGAAUAAAUAACGUGAGUGGUCGUGAUUCAAUGGAUAGCCUUUUAAGGACAGCUCUGGCAGAAAAUCUGCAAGGCCAAUCCUCGCAAAAUUGGCACAAUUCGCCACAUUAUUCUCAGUCAACAAGUGAACUAAAUGAUGAUAUUAGAAUGAUUGAGUUAAGUAGAUUAAUGACUGAGAAUCAGUCCUCUCCGGCUAGUCUACUUAAUGAUGAACAGUAUGCUUUAAGGCAUCGAGGCACAAUUACUCCACAUAACUAUCAAUCGGAGGCGUCGAAUGGAAUUAAUAUAUCUAUCUUAAGUGAUCCUGAUUCAGUGGAUAGCGGCUUAAGGUCAAGUGUAGCAGACAAUCUGCAAGGUCUUGAUGAUCUUGAACAAUAUCUGACUGGCUUUUAUGAUCCAAUUGAUCUUGAGGUUUACAUGGAUGAUCAAAAGGAGAAAGAUGAGGAUGUUAUAUUGAACUAUUUUAAAACAAGAACUCAUCAUGUUGUUGCGCCUAAAGACGGAUUAAAUAAUGCUACUUUAACUGAAGAAGUUGCUGAUAAAGAAUCUGCAGAUAUUUGUGCCAUAUGUCAAGCGGAAUUUGAACACGAAGAGACCAUUGGGACACUUCAGUGUGGACAUGAAUAUCAUGUCGACUGCAUCAAUCAGUGGUUGCUGAGGAAAAAAGAUUGCCCCAUGUGUAGAGCUUCAGCUUUGCCCUUCACAUCAACAAAGACUAUAGAAACGGAUAGCAUUUUAGGCUUGGUGUGGGAGUAA